UACGUUACACACCAACACGCACACACACAUGCACACAGAAGACGCCAGUCCCCCGAGAGCGGUGAUGGGAUAAGAACACACCUGUGUGUGCCAUGGACGUCCGCCUCGUCAGCUGGAUGACAUACGUCUGGAUCCAGGCCCAGGUCUGGGAUGUGCAGGGGUAUCAGUCCGGACCAGUCGAUUACGUGUCUGAGAAAGACGUUUCCCUACUGGAAGCAGAUGAAAAUCCAAAGUGUUUCACUCGAACCCUGGAAGAUCUCACUUGCUUUUGGGAGGUUUCAGACGACACGUCGUAUGACUUCUUCUACAAAACCGAUGAACAAGAGACCACGUGCAACCUGACACGCCGGAAAGCCGGCCGGGAUCGCUCUCUCCAAGUCUGCUCCCUCCCUGCCUCCGAUGUCUUUCUCUACGCUGUCACAGGCAUCAGAGUCGUGGAGAGGAGCACCAACCGGACGGCUCUGAACCGCAGCGUCAGCGUGGAGGACCAAGUGUUGUUAGAGCCCCCGACAAACGUCUCACUGGGCUUCACGGGGGAGGCGGCACAGCUCCGAGUGACCUGGCACAUAGAAGCCGCUUGGCGGAGCAAAGUGCAGUACGAGAUACGGCAUUCCUCCAACAACCUGGCGGGCCGCAGAAUUCUGACGAAGCCCUCAUUGCAGUACACACUGGAUUCUCUGAUAACUGGAGAGCUUUGCUGUGUGCAGCUUAGAGUCAAGCCCAAUGGUUACUUCACAAAAGGAUACUGGAGUGACUGGUCUCAACCAGCAGCGGCUAUCGUACCCCAGAGAGCAGAGGACAUCGAUCUUCUGUGCCACACUUCAGAUCUACGCAACAUCCAGUGCCAGUGGAAGGAACAGUCAUUCAAGGAAGGAGCCCACUGCAUACUCUUUUACCGGCUUAGUCCUGGCGGCAGCUGGCAGCAGUGCAUGUUGAACGAGAGCCCUGGCCAGUGUAUCUUCUCAGGGCUGGAUUCCAGCAUCAUGCGGGCGAACCUCAGGAUCAAAGAGGGGCCACAUGACUGGAACUUCUACACAGAGUCCUUUUGCAUGAACGAGAGCAUCAAACCAGAUCCACCAAAAGUGCUCAGCUGGGGCAAAGAGGGGACCAGGCUGCGUAUUCAGUGGGAGCCGCCUCUCUGGAACCUGUCUGCUCACUUGGAGUAUCAGAUCCGCUACAGGUGCACCGGGGAGUCCGUGUGGAAGUUAGUCAUCCUGCAAAGUCCAAAUAACAGCACGACUUUGGACGUUCAAGCAGGGACCCAGUACCACAUCCAGGUCCAGACUAAGCCAAAUGGGUCCAUCUACAAGGGGUACUGGAGUGACUGGUCCAACACUAUCUGCGUGGAUGUGCCCUUGGACACAGGAACGGUGUUCGUUGCAGGCAUCUUUCUCAUAUCGUUCAUUGUGGUGGCCUUGUUGAUUACAUCCUUCUCCAGAAAUAUCAGGAAGAUCAAGCAGCUGCUGUGGCCUUCAGUCCCAAACCUGGAAAAGGUGCUUGAGGGUUUUCUUGCAGAUAUCAACAGAGAGUGCCAGAGUGAAACCUUCAGCGUGAAGCAGUGCUAUGAGGAGACCCCAGCAUCAGUGGUGGAGAUCGUGCAUGAGAAAGAGCCCUUUGGAGGAGGAAAAGGCCCCAAGGAGGGUGUCCUUCAGCUCCUGCUGGAGGGGAAGACAGUGGGCGAGUGCAUUACCCCACUGGAGACCUGUCCAGACUACAUAACCCUGAACCCGGAGAAUGUCAUCUCAAGCCUGAGGAGCAAUGAAUAUGUGUCUGGGGGUGGGCGUCUGGUGGGAGUCGGCCUGGAGGUCUGGCAGGUCGGCCAUCCCUGCUCCUGCCCCUACCCCAGCAGUGGCUUCACUCAGUCCAUGGACCUAUUGAACCACUCUUACCUCCUACCAGACGAGAUGGGCAAAGGCCUGGGCUUCACGGAGGUCAGUGAGCUGGCCAGCAGAUACACCAACCUGGAACUGGCGACCUACCCAGCUACCUCGGACUGACCAUCCAUCACGACCACUACGCUUUCUAGUGUUCGCUGCACAUAAACACUGGCUGUAGUUUGCGUGACUGCAAGGUCUUCAUUCCUUCUCUAGAUACACGGAAACCAGACUGCGUGAAACGAAGCAACAUUUCACCGCAUCGUCAUAGUUCUGUAGGUCUUAUGCGCUAGAACAAGGCUUGAGGUUUCCUCCUACAGUCCAAAGCCACGCAGUUCAGUGAAAUGGUGCCUCAGAUUGGUUUGUGCCCUGAGAUGGGCUGGCAUCUUUCCCCAGACUUCCUGGGAGAUACACGCGCACCAUGACCCUGUACUGGAUGAGUGUUUGUAGAAGAUGGAUAGAUAUCUAAGCUUCCAGUAAGAACUAGUUCAUAAACCAACUACUACGUAUGUAACCGAAUUCUUUUCAGAAUAUCAAAUCUAUGUCAAGAAAUGUUCAUUGAUCAAUUUUCCAUACCUGCUCAUCCAGUACAAUUAUAAACUGUAAAUUACUGCUUACUCACCAAUACUUUAUGAUCCUUUUAUAGACCCUGGUUUUAUAUAUUACAUAUCCUUUAGUGUUAUGUAUGCUCCACAUACUGUAUAUUCACAUAUUUCAAAACUGCAAUUGUUUUGCUCAAUACAUUGUAAAAUGAGGGCUUGUAAAUUUCUGCUUUGAAUACAUAUAUAAUGAUGACCAGCAAUGCACCGCCCGCCGUAUGUCACUGAAGUGGUCACGUGACAGAGAGAGGCAGGCUGCUGUGACAUUAUCAUGCCAGCAGGGCGGCGGUAGGAGGCUUAUCUGGGUAUACAGUAAGUGCACGUCUCCUGGUUACCAUGGGUUACCAUACAUUAAACUCACAAGGAAACAUGUCACCUGUAUCUACUAAAAACACAUCGAUAUUGAGCAGCAUUUAAUAAGUCGGCAUUUGCAGGGGGGGUUCCACAAAGACACAAUAUUAGGGGGGGUGGGACAGGCAAGCUUAAGAGCACCUUACAGGGCAUCAUCUCAGCUUACCCGGUAAUAUCUGAGACAUAUAGGAUUGGUAUUACUGUAAGUUUGUUCUUUUAUUCAUACUGAUUAAAGUAAUUAAACCAUUA